UAUGGAUAGAUAGGCAGCUGAUGACCAGAGGAGCAGCGGGAGGCGACCACUCAGUCUGUAGAGAGUGAAAUGAUGCCUGAAGAAGCGCUCAAUCAGGGACAGUUGGAUUAAUGGGGGAAACUAUUGUUUGGAAAAUAAUUUAUUAGUUCAGAUUUUUUUUUGUGGAUUUCUAAUCGGGUCCAUGUCAAAAUGCCAUUUGCCAAACGGAUCGUGGAACCCCAGUUACUGUGCAGGCAUUCAGUCCCGAAAGAAGAGAGUUUGGUUUUCGAGGAUCUGUGUACGGUCAACAAUGUGGCUCUGUCCCGGACCCUACGACAGCUUUCCGACCUGGCCCGGCACGCCUGCUCUCUCUUCCAGGAGCUGGAGAGCGAUAUCGUGUUUACCAACCAACGGGUCCGGGGACUGCAGAGUAAAGUCGGUAAACUUCAGCAGUCUAUCUACGGGUUAGACGCCAAGCAGGAGGCAGUACCGGUAUCAGACCUGGAUGUAGAGUGUAAGUUAUCAGACCACUACGUGUCUCCAUGGCUCCUCCAGAGGAAUGUGUUCCUGCCCUCCACCAGACCACCAUGUCUCCAGGAGCUGCACCGUACCGCACAGCAGGGCCUCAGGGCCAGCCACAGAGAUUACCAGCUGAGACAGCAAGCGAGCAGCAGAAGACGCAAAGUGACCAUCGCUGUCUCUGUGGCACCCCCUAUGCCCACGUACCCCUCACCACACUCUGCCAGGAGGAGACCGCAGAGGGGCUGGAGCAUGACUGCGCGGCAGGGGAAACCAUUCAACGAUCAGCAGCUAGAACAGACCAAGUUUGACAGCCCCGCCCCCCGCUCCUCCUCCCUCACCGAAUGUUGCCACUUCUCUCCCUGGAGCAGAAAGGCUGCUCCUCCCUCUGACAGUCUCGGCCAACGACCUCGGCACCCUGUCCCUAACGUUCCCUCCACGCUGGACAAGCAGACUAACUGGUCCAGAGUUCUCCCACUGCCCACACCUCAGGAGAGGAUGAAGAGCGACUCACAAAUCAUCACAUCCUGCGUCAUCCCAAUUAAUGUCACUGGGGUUCAGUUCCACAGAGACUCUAGUGUGCACUGCUCGCUGAUCCACUCUCAGUCCGUACUUCAGAGGAGGAGGAAGCUGAGGAGACGGAAGACUGUCAUCGGGAUUCCUAGAAGUGUUCAGCAGGACCUAGAUUCUGAUGAGUCUCCGGGCGCCAGAGAGCGGACAGUGGUUGUCCGAUGCAACGCUGCGCUCUGUAGCAGUCCUGUGCAGGACCUGUGCAGUCGUCUGAACACCAAGAAGGACUCUGGCUGCCAGACUGAAGACUUCCUGGUCUGUGCGCCGUCCCACUGGAGGGUCCAGUACCAGCGUGGUCAGCAGGGGGUCAGCUCCUCCCUCGUCCCGCUGUCCCUCUCCACUGGGAACAUCUCCUCUCUACUGGACACUUCGGAGCACAACAACGCCAUGUUCUCCUCUUCGCUGGGGGUACGCCUGCGGUCACGCAGCCAGCCAAGGGAGGGGAGGAGACUGAUUGAGGUUCACCACCACAGUGAGGAGGAGGAAGAGGAGCUGUCUCCUUCCGAGACUGAUGAUUCCCUGUCUGGGUUGGGGGAGCUGAAGGAGAAGGGGGGGGGGGGUGCAGAUGACAAGUCCCAACCGGACCACCCUCUGGCCAGUCUGAAGUACCAGCAGCGCACUGGCAGCCCCUGGCUUGAGAGGGGCCAAUCCCGCCUCCCCCGGAAGGUUGACAUGGGGAGCUGUGAGAUGUCUUCCAGCUCAGAUACCUUCUCCAGUCCGCUCCACUCUACAUCCACCAGGCGGGUUGUUGGGUGUCAGAUGGACCAUAAAGACGACCACCAAUCUUCUAGUGGGAACUGGAGCGGCAGCAGCUCAACAUGCCCUUCCCACACCUCUGAGACCCUCCCCCCGGCUGCCUCCCCCCGGCUCACUGGCUCCUCCCACUGUGACUCGGAGCUGUCGCUGAACACCGGCCCCCACGCUACAGAUGACCCCAUCCUCAUCCUGGACCCAUUCCAGACCGACCGGCAGCUGGACGAUGCAGGGGUCAGCAUGGCUAGUGAUGGAGAGUGGAGUUACCCCACCCUGACUCCAGGCUUUGACUUCAGCCCUGAGCGCUCCGGAGAGGGGGAGGGGAGUCUGGGGUACCCCAGCUUUACCAGUAUGGCUACCUGCGAGAGCUUCAUUACAGACAAGCCUCCUUCUGAGAAGGCUGACACUGUAUCAUACUACUCUAUAGACAAUGAAGGAUACUACACCUCCAUGCACUUUGACUGUGGUCUGAAAGGGAGCAAGAGCUUCAUGUAUAACUACUCUGAUUGUGGACAGGAGCACAUGACUCUGGGGAGACGCUGUCUGACAUUGAAGAAACCUAAGGCCAAGCCCUCUGCCCCCAGACGCAGCUCCUCACUAAGGAAGAUCAGCGGGGGGGGGAAUUCUCCUGAUGACACCGAACCAAAGAACUGCAGCGGGCAGCAAAGGAAGUCGUGUUCCAGAGAGAGGAGGUUACAGCUGGACCUAGAGGGCUCCCUGGGCCUCCCUGACCCCCACCCUGCUUUGGGCCACCUGGAGGACCCUGUUCUGGGAGGGGAGGUGGGCUUGGGGGGGUUAGAGUUGGAGCAAGACCCUCUGGAGCCCCUAUUGGCCCUCGAGACCUGGCGGAGGGAGGACACCGAGGAGAUGCCGGGCUCUGGCCUGUUUGGUUCCUCUGACAGAGGCUCCUAUAAAGAUGAGGGAGCAGUCCAGUCAGACUAUGCAGAUCUCUGGCUUGUGAAUGACUUGAAGUCAAACACUGACCCCUAUCGCUCUCUGUCUAACUCCUCCACUGCUACCGGUACUACUGUUAUAGAAUGCAUAAAGUCUCAGGAGAGUUCAGAGUCCCAGACCUCCCAGUCAGGCUCCACCCCCUCCCUGCCCUCAGUAGAAGGGGACUUCAAGAUGUCCUCUCCAGAGAGGCUGGCUGGCUUAGUGUCACCAUCUAGUGGCUACUCCAGCCAAUCCGAGACCCCCACCUCUUCCUUUCCCUGCGCCUUCUUCCCCAGUCCCCUGUCACCCACCAAUCAGAAGAUGAAGCCCAAGAUUCCAGAGAGGAAGUCAUCUCUGUCCAUCACCUCCACCAGAGAUCUGGAGCUGCCAGUCAUCUCCCCCAGCCACCAGAACCUUAGUGCCCUUUACAGCCCUAACCCUACCAGCCCUCCUCCAGUCUCUACCAAGCCCCCAGGCCACAGGAACCAGCUCUACCUCCUGCAGCAAAGCAAGCAGACGGCAGCAGCAUCGGCAAGGGCUGAGGCCAGAGUGGCAACCGAGACCUCUAGCAGUCUUCCCAUGACUAUCACCCCCACCGUGCUGCACUCAGUCCAGCUGAGGUCUGUGGGGAAGCAAGGCGAGGGGAGCCCUGCCCGGCCCAGCCCAGAUGUUGCCACCAGACCCAAGUGUCCCACUGUGAACAUCAGCCCCCCUUCCAGCAGCAGGUCCCCUGAGUCUACAAUCAGGAAGCCUCCAGCCUACAACUCCCAGGUUCCCCCCUCUCAACAGUACUGUGAGUCACUGUUGGCCCCCAGUGAAGGUCCCGUCCCUAGGGACCCAGCAGGUCACAGUAGUGUGAGGUACAGGCAGGACAGACACCCUGCUGAAGCCCAGUGGCGUACCACCGCCUUCAGACAGCCUGUAGACCAAACACUGGCAGACCAGGAGAGACUACCAGACCAGGAGAGACUGGCAGAAGAGGACCAUACCAUCAGAAACAAACACCAGCCCUUCCUAGACCAACACCAGCCCUUCCUAGACCAACACCAGCCCUUCCUAGACCAACACCAGCCCUUCCUAGACCAACACCAGCCGCUUACAGACCAGCAGUCCCUGCUAGACCAGGAGGUCUGCCAGAGGGGGGCUCAGUCCACAGGGGUGACCCCAGGUCAGGAGGUAGAAGAACAGAAAGCUCUAUUCCCUGGGAGUAGCAGCAGUCUGGAAGCAGAACAGUACCAAUCACUACCACCUGAGCCAUCUGAACUACAGAGACCUGAAGACCUUUCAGUGUUUCCUGGUCAGCACAGCUUAGCCACAACAUCAGAGAGUCGAGACAAAGUGCCUGUUAAAAGUGAUCAGUCGGAAUCAUUGCAAGCUUAUCCAAUCAGCGAUGUGGCUGGCAGACAAGAGGAGUAUUCCAGACCAAGUGACAACUCUAUCUUUCCUCUGAGUGAGGAGACCAAGGCCGAGGGUGACGUCUUCCUGUCGCCCACCAAGGCUUGCACUACAGAGGAGCUGUUUGCCAUGAUACACAGAUCCAGGAGAAAAGUUCUAGGUAGGAAGGACUCUGGAGAGUUAAGUGCCCAGAGCAGUCUGUGUGCCCCAGUCACCCCACCUGGCAACACUAUGACUUCUCUGGUGAUCCCCAGCACCCCAACCACCCCCACUGGCCCCCAGAAGGCCCCGGGGCCCAUCUACCGCAGCCUGAAGAAGUCCAGCACCUCCCACGAGGAGUUUAAACUUUUACUCCUGAAGAAAGGCAGCCGGUCAGAUUCCAGCUAUCGCAUGUCAGCCACAGAGAUCCUGAAGAGCCCCAUCAGCCCCAAUGCCCCUGGAGACCCCCUUGCUGAGAAGCCCCUCUCCCCUCCGCCAGGCACGGAGAAGCUCCCCAGCCCCUUCACAGAGGGCUUCUCUCCUAAAGGCCUGUCCACUGCAGCCUGUUCCAGACAGAGCCGAUCCCGCAUCCCUCCUCCACCCACCAGCAGCCGCUACAGCAUCCGCAGCAGGCAGCACCCAGCCCCCAUGCAGGCCAUCUCAGAGGGCGAGACAGAGAACUCAGACAGGAGCCCUUCCUAACAUACAGCACCUUCCAUGUAAAACAGAGGAACAUCUUAAGGUUUUAGAACACAUAGUAUAGAACAACUGGACCAGAAUGACUUAGAACAUUUUAACUGUGUCUAACUAUUUAUAAUACAGUAUGUAUUUCUGCUUUUAGAUUUUGGUAUUGAAGGAAAACCGAGACUUAAGAACAGAAAUGAGAGCGAGAGAAACUUCUACAUUUACAUUUAAGUCAUUUAGCAGACGCUCUUAUCUAGAGCGACUUACAAACUGUAGCUAUGUUGAAAAAAGAAAUGCUUUUUAAACUGUUAGGAAAGUAAACCGGAAUAUGUACUGUGCUAUAUGAAGGCUGUUUUUAUAUCAAGGCAACCUUGUGUUGUCGCUCUAGAGAAAAUACAUGGGUAUCUUCCAUUGUAACCCUUAACCGUAACCCUUAAUCCUUAACCCUUUUAUGAUAUUGCUGGAAAAUGCCACAUGUAUAGAAUAUAUCGAUAUAAUGAGAUUUACAGUAUAAUAUAUUAACUUUUCACUAAUGGUGUAAAAGUUGUGAAAUACCUUAGAGUAACACAGUAUGAGUCAUAAUACCCAUAAAGGAUGGCAGUCAAACAGGUAAAUGGUUCAUUUUUCCCAUAGAAACAUGUAAAAUAAGGGCUGUGUUUCAUGGCCUUAUUUCUAUUGCGGCAUGUUGGAUGACUGUCAUUCAUAUUCCAUUCACCAAGUUCAAUGUUACUUCAAUAGGUUUAGGAUACUACAUGAUACUCUGAUUUUCCCUAUACCCAUUAUGAGGUUGCUACAACCUAGCCUAUGAAUUAAAGAGGUGUACACAGGCCAAGAGAGAAUUUUGAGAUGACAGUGAUCCAUGGACAGACAGUGAUCCAUGGACAGACAGUGAUCCACGGACAGACAGUGAUCCAUGGACAGACAGUGAUCCAUGGACAGACAGUGAUCCAUGGACAGACAGUGAUCCAUGGACAGACAGUGAUCCAUGGACAGACAGUGAUCCAUGGACAGACAGUGAUCCAUGGACAGACAGUGACCCAUGGACAGACAGUGAUGCAUUCAAUACCACCUUGCACACUCGUGCCUGUAUCUAGCUGAUCUAGGGUGUAAUCAUUAGUCCAACAGUUGCAAACAAGAGUUUCUAUUGGACAAGUUCAUGUAUUUUAUCCCCGUUUUGUUUACAUUCGUUUUAAAGAAAUAUUUUUCAACAGAAUUGGCAGAAUGAAUACAUCCCUGAUCACACAUAAACCCAGUUCACUUUCAUAGCAGCCACGUUGUAUUCAUUCUAGCCUCUAUGCACUCUCCUCCUCUCACCUUUUCCCUUCACUUGUGGACUUCAAAUGAACAACACAUCAGCUGUAUUUGACCAAGCGAAAAAACCUUUCCAAGCCAUAACCGCUACACACUAGCCUACAUCGUUGUCCCCAUAUUAACUAAAGUAUCGUCCUAGUCAACUUAGCUCAUAUAACUAAUGUGUUAGCAAACCAGCUACAAUCAUGCAGUAACGUUAGUGUUUAGUCAGUAAGCAGUUAGACCGUCGGGGCCCCGGUGGCAAUACAUUACUAAUACCAAAAGCUUACCUUGACUUGAGUUCCAGUGUUGUGUUGGAUAUUCAUAGCCAGCUAGCCAACAUAGCAUCCCUCUGUUUGAGCUGGGUGUUUGAGUAACUAAACUAGCCAGCUACAUUUACUAGCUAAGUGAAACUAAGAACAAAUGUAUUUGUUGAAAACUGUUCAACUAUUGUCUCUCUCGGAGACAACUACUCACCACAUUUUAUGCACUGCAGCACUAAAUAGCUGUAGCUUAUGCUUUCAGUACUAGAUUCAUUCUCUGAUACUUUGAUUGGGUGGACAACUUGUCAGUUCAUGCUGCAUGAGCUCUGAUAGGUUGAAGGACGUUUUCCGGAAGUUGUCAUAACUGUAAGUCUAUGGAAGGGGGUGAGAACUAAGAGCCUCCUAGGUUUUGUAUUGAAGUCAAUGUACCAAGAGUAGGACCAACGCUAGCUGUCCUCCGGCUACACCAUGGUGCUGCCCUACAGAGUGCUAUUGAGGCUACUGUAGACCUUCAUUGCAAAACUGUGUUUUAAUCAAAUAUUUUUCUUGAUGGGAAUAUAUUUAGAAUAGUUUUAUCUAAAAAGGAGAACUUUUUCAAUGUUUGACAAUUUUUUUAUAUAAUUCACUGAGGAGGAUGGUCCUCCCCUUCCUCCUCUGAGGAGCCUCCACUGUUUGAAGUCUGUACUGGCGUGAUGUUUUGAUAACCGUGUAAAUCUCUUUAGGACAAGGUGACUUUUGUCAAUAUAUUUGCUUGUAUUUAUCCCCCCCAAAAUGAAAUGCUAAUUACAAUAGCUGCUAAUGUGGCUAUCAUAAAGAAUAACAAAUGCCUUGAUGAUCUGGACGAGACAACCGAAUCGAGGCAAAGAAUCUCUGGAUUAACUAUUUAAUGUUAGCUAAAUGUAGUAAUGAAUACAUUGGCUAAAUUUGAACUGUCUUGUGCAAGUUUUACAUUGACACAAUACCUGUUAGCGAAGGUGUCAGCUUGCGGUGAUGUGCAGGGAUUUGUAGUUUUGCAUGAUGCUGAUUAGCAUUUUCUAAUCUGAGAGUAAUUAAAUGUGAAUAUUGAUGAGUAUUGAUAAGUCACCCUGUCCUAGAGAGAUUUACACUGUUAUCAAAAUGUCACGCCAUGGUAAGCCUACACGAAACACAGCCCUUGUUUUAAGGGUUUCUAAAAUCCCCUAUGGGAAAAAUGUAUGGUAGAAAAACGAUUGGAACCAUUUCCCUGUUUGACCACUAGGAUUUAUGGGUAUUAUGACACUGCCACUGUGGGACUCUGGCAUAUGGCAUAUGUCUUGCUUUUUAAUAAAUAUUAUUCCUUAUUCCGUUAAA